UGUAAAUGUCAAAAUUUAUUUUUUGUCAACAAGAUUAAAGCUGUAAACACAACGAAUUAAGAAAUUAAAUAACUAAUUAAACAACUUAACAUGGCACAUGGAUCUCACGAUAAGGACGUAAAAUUUGACGAAUUUUAUACAGAGGUAAAAGAAAUCGAAAAACGAGAUUCAGUUCUUACACCAGUACAACAAAUUGAAAGGCUGUUACGUCCAGGUAGUACCUACAGAAAUUUAAACCCCUUCGAUGUGUUACAAGUAGAACCUGAUUCCUCAAUAGAAGAACUUAAAAAGAAGUAUCGAAGAUUGUCAAUAUUAGUCCAUCCUGAUAAAAAUCAAGAUGAUCCUGAAAGAGCCCAACAAGCUUUUGAAGCUGUUAAUAAAGCAUGGAAAACAUUAGAAAAUGAGGAUACUAGAAAAAAGUGUCUGGAUAUUAUAGAAGAAGCACAGGGAAGAACAGAUAUUAUGUUGACUGAAAAGCGUAAAAAGGCCAAAAAAGAAGGAAAAGAUAGUAUUCCAGAAGAUGAUCCAGUUAAAUAUAAGCAUGCCAUAUAUGUUUUAACAAUGAAGCUAUUUGCUGAUUUAGAAAGAAAAAGACGAGAUUUAGCUGAAAGAGUACAAGAAGAAAGUAAAAGAAAACGUGAAGCAGAAAUAGAAGAAGAGGAAAAUGCCAAAACACAAAAAGAGUGGCAGAAAAAUUUUGAGGAAUCAAGACAAAAUAGAGUAGACAGUUGGCAAAGUUUUCAACAAAAUUCAAAAGCAAAAGCAACAAAAGCCAGUAAAAAAAUUAAAGUAUUUAGGCCACCAAAAAAUAAGCCUGAAUCUAGGUAAAUUAUUGUCUAGAAUUUUAAUAUUAGAUUUAUAAAUAGUUAAGAGCAAAAUUAUUAUUUCUAAUAUAGUGAAUUUUUAUUAAUUUUUGUAAGCC